AUGAUGGUCAGCGUAUACUCUAGUUUGACAGCUGUCAAUUAACCUUUAUUAGAAUGGCGAAUAUUCGAAUUAACAGACUACAAGUGUGAGUAAGAUAUAUCCGUCCGGCUUGUACUGGAAAAUGCCAGAUCGUGUACCUGAGCGAACCUGAGCCCACGUUAUUAGUUUUCUGAUAGUGGUCUGCACAUAUCCCAUUUUGACAGCUGUCAACUGACCUUAAUUUAGCUUGCCAAUAUAACUUUAAACAACUGUCAGCCGACUGACAGCCCUGCCCGGGGUAGUUUCAUUUUUAUGUUGAAUUGGUAGGUGUGACAUAUUGUAUCAGCUUACAUGUAAGGGUAAAACGACCGGUGUUUGAUGUGAGCCCGCGAGAUGGUCAUGUGAUAAUUGUCAGCGGAUGUCUGAUUUUGACAGCUGUCAAUCUAAUCGUACUCAUACGGAUGGCUUACAAAACUGAAAGGCUAGUCAAGUUGUGCAAGAUCUAUGGUGACAUUUGACAUCGGCUUACAUGAAGUGUGUGUACGGGUGGGCGGGCGUUCGCUACGUCAUAACCAAAUUUUCUCGGAUUGAUAGUUUACCAAAUUUUGUUACCCAUGGUGCUUCGCUGCGCGCUUCGCGCGCGGGAGCUCCGCUACGAAGGAAACUAGUACCCUGCCAAUCUCCACAGCAUGAAAAAUCAAAUUUACGUGAGCGUAAUGACAACGUAAAGUCAGCGUAUAGUUGAAUUUUACACAACUUUACGCUUCCUUUACUCUACGUAAAGUUCAGCUUUACAGCACCUUUACGCGUACAUAUAAAGCUGGCGUAAUGAAACAAAAACUUUACGCAACACCUUUACGUUUUGCGUAAAGCUUGUGUAAACCCUACUUUAAGCUUGUGUAAAGCGCAAAUACAAGCUCCUUUACGCCAUAUAUAUAUACACAUAAACACACUGGAAACUUUAAAAAUAAAGGGAAAUAUAAUGGUAAUCGGUAAAUUUUUCUUACCAAACUUUUAACAAUCAAGAUUUUAUUUUUGUCCAUGUCAAAUAUCUGAAUUUUCCACACAAACAUUGGAUUUUUGUUGUGUACUUAAUACCGGUUAUUUUCUUUGGUUCCCCAUCAUCUCUCCAUAGUAUUUACAAUCUGGAGCCAUGGAGGAUUACUCAUAUAUACAUUACAAAUAAUUGUAUGAGUAAUCCUCAAUUCAAGUUUCGACAUAAAAUAAAAUACCCUAAUAUGUAACAACACUUCAACACACAGUUAAAGGAUUAGGCCAGACAUUUUGUUUUUAUUCUUCAAAACUGACAACAAAAACGAAAAGUUAUAAAGCGUUGAAAACCCAAUAGACCUAUAGAAAAAUAAGAACCCAACUUCAAACUGACAUUAGUCAUCCCUACUAUUAAGUUAUAACUUGCUUUAAUGGAGUUAUAUUGUUUAACCAGUAGAUGAACUUUGAAUAAGUAGUAGUUUAAAAAAUAGGGCCCCUUUCCGUUUCCAAUUUUGCAUUACCAUAACCAAUUUUCAAAUUGCCUAUCUUUAUUUUUACAUUUCAAAUCCCAUGAAAAUCGCCAGGUAUGCUACAUUGUUGUAACUGCAAAAGCUGCAAAUACGAAUCGCAUUCUUUAAGUUUAGUCCCGCAAAGAGUGAUAUUACAAGGUUUUAAAAAACAAAACACACUGAUACUCUAAAACUGAAUUUUCUAAAUAUAACAUGAUUUAUUUCUGUGUUAGCAUCUUUGUCAUUACAUUAAAAAUUAAAAAAAACGAAAAUUUUUCCAACACGUAAGGUUUAAAUAAGAAGAUACAGUGUACAUAAACUUUUCAAAUGGGUCAAAACAGUCUUCUCAAAAUAUCCAAAAAAAUCAUCUUAACUUAGUAUUAUACCAAAUUAAGAUGAUUUAUAGUUUAAAAUAAUUAUUAGCAUUUACAUGUAAGGUACAGGGUGUACAAGAAAACUGAUGAAGUUAAAUUUUGAUAAAAAACAGCAACUCUAACACACAAAUUAAUGUAAAGGUGGGUCAAAAUGGUCUCUUCCAAAAUGAAAAUAUUUAGUAUAAUUUAGCAUAAUUCAAAUUAAAAGCUUAAACAAUUUUAGAUAAGAAAUAAAAAGACUGAAAGCCUAAUACAUGUAUAACAUUGAUGGUUUCUUGAUUUAGCCCUUUCACUCCCAGAAGUGUUUACAGUCAAAUUUAACAACAAAAUCCAAAUAACAAAUCAUUUUCAUAAACUGAUGAUGUAAAGGUUAGAUGCACAAGGCUGUCACUAAGAUUGCAAGUUGCAGGGUUUAAGUGAAAUUAGUGAGCGGGACAUUGAAAAUGUGGAAAGUUUCGUUUCCUCUCAAAACAGCCAAGUAUUGGGCUCAAAGUAGCCGAUUUAAAGUCUGGUUUACGGCCCUUAGUGACAGCCCUGGAACCACUUUACAAGACUAAGGCUUGUAAUUAACAUGUAUUAAUCCUGUUUGCUUUGAGAGGACUUUCUGUCACCAACAUCCCAUACCAGGCUGAUCUGCUGAAUAAAUAGAAAGCAAGUAUUAUUUGAGUAAACUACACAGAUUAUUUGUAGGCUAGUGAUAAUACACUUAAUCGUGCACUAAAGGCACAAGUACAUGUACAGUAAGGGGGUGUUUACAGGAGAAAACUCACACCGGCGCGAGUCUCAUACCGGGAUGACUUUUUGAUUUUGUAUCGGGUUUACAUUAUGACUGAGUCAUUUCAUAUCUCGUUAUUUGAAGGUACACUUCAUGUUGAUAAAAUACAAGCGUGAUUCAAAAUCGCAAACAUUACGCGUGCGCUACCCAUUCCAGUCUACCGGCAGACCGAUUUCAUGCCGAAACGGGUGGUCGUUUCACAUUUACAUGAUACUGCCAUGAGAUUUUGUACCAGAGUGAAAUUCUCGCCCCGGUACAAGAACCGGGGUGAACUCACGCUGAGGUGACUCGCGCCUACAUGACAUUUUGUGGUGGUAUCAUGUAAACAAUUAUAGAGCUAUGAGAGGGAACCGGAGUGAACUCGCUCCGGGGCAAAAGUUGCCCCGGUGUCAUGUAAACACCCCCUAAGUUGCCAGAGGACACCGCCUGCUAUUACUAAUUAAUAAUAUUUUUUCCUACACUCAUGGCCAAAUUACUACAAUCAGCACAAUUUUACUUGACACAGGGUUCCCCAAAUGCCUCUUUUCACAAACCAAGACUAAAAAUUUGAAAAAAAAUGAUAAGGCAUUUUCCACAAGUGGUCUAAUAACAGUGCAAAACCUGAGUAGCAAAUGAUUUCAAUGUCCACAAAUUCACACAACUGAAUAAGAUUCAUCUGACUGUUAAAGAUUCAAAAUGUUUGACUAGUAUGAGUUAAAGGCUUUCCUUAAAGGCAAUAAUAUUUACAUUUAGAACCCUACUUGCAGUUGAGUGAAAAUCAGGGUAAAAUGCUACAUGGAAACCCUAUAAUAAUAAUAAUAAUAAUAAUAAUAAUAAUAAUAAUAAUAAUAAUAAUAAUAAUAAUAAUAAUAAUAAUAAUAGUAAUGAACUUUAUUUAAGUCUCAUGUCUUAUAACUCAGGCACAGUGCCUUACUAGUCGGGGAGACUGAAGCAUAUAUAUAUGUUAAAUUUAUUAACAAUGGUUUAUUAUAUUAUUAGAGUUCAAUGUUUUACAAUGUAUAUCUUUUUUUAUUUUAAUGUAUGCAUUUUUAUAAAAGUAUCAUCCAUUAAUAUCGUUGUAAAGUGCUAUGAAAAACCACUGGAUGUACAUUAUUAUUAUUAUUAGAGAGUAAGCAGUGCGCAAAGAAAGUAGUGUCCGAUAGCCCGGGGCUAGUGGAUUUUGCUAUCGAGCUAGUGAAUUUUGAACUUAACUUGCUCGAUGGGCAAGUGAAGUUUUUUUGAGGAAUUCAAAUUAAAGAAGAACUGUGAAAUCAAUUCUGCUCAUCAAAACGGUUUGGGGGCUAGUUGAAAUGACAUUUGGGCUAGUAUAUGCUAGCUUCAGCUUGCCCGAAUGGCAAGCUUUAAAAAUCACUUUCUUUGCACCCUGGUAAGAGAGAAAUUUUCCUAUCCACUUGUCCUUCACACGAGCAAUACAUUAAAUUUGGUUGUCCGAAACCUAGAGUUCUUGUCCAAAAAGUUUAGCUUGCAACGGGCAUUUAAUGUUUUUAAUCACAUUAUUUAAUCACAUUAUUACCCUUGUAUAUUAUUUUUGAAUUAAACCUACAACAGAGCUUGUAAAAAAGCAAAUGGAUGAAACAACUGGCAGUGGAAUGGCAAAGUUAAAUGGAAUAUUUAAGGCAACUGUUUCUUAUCUUUAUUUUUCUAAUUAAAAAUGUGCUUGUCCCACGGACAAGUCAUAUCAAAGGUUUACAUGUUCGAACUAAAUUUCUAUCUGUCCCGGACUAAAGUUCCAAAUCAAUAAACAUUCCUAGCCUUCUCAUGAGCUCCACCAAAGACUUUCAGGGAAAAUAUAGAAACAUAUAAGCACCUUAUUCCCAAAAGUUUUAAAUUUUCCUGAAACUUUACCUAAUAUAUUUUUUUUUCCUUUUUAAUAUGAAACAUUCAAGGUUCCUAGUUAAUGUAACAGGAGUGAAGCCACUUUGCUAUUUAAAGCCCUUAUCCUCAAUCUUGAAAACAAUGCCUCCUAAUAAUAAUGUACAGUGUACCCUGUAAAUAAAGCAGCCUAUUUUCUUUCCUUGCCACCAGGGACAUUUCACAAGAGAGACAGUUGUAUUUGCAGAUUAAUAAUGGUGUAUGUAGACAAGAGAAUCCAAAACAGCUAUGACUGCUAUGACUCUCUUAAGAGUCUUAUCUUUCACAACUUGUUUCUUUAAAUUUUAUUUUCCUUUAAACCUAGAUUUACUGACGAUACAACUAUGGUGCAAAUAGAACAAUUUCUGGUUUCUAACAUGACUGUGUGCUUUGCUUCCCAAAAAGUAAGGCAUUCAAUUUCCUGACAGUAUGUGCUGCACUGUAUCCUCUCAAGAACCACAAUAUAAUUUCAUAGGAGCAGUGCACAAUGAAGAUUAAAAUUAAUGGUAAUAUAUGAAAUGAAUCAUACUUUGAACUGCAGAUGAAGGUAUGAAACUGUGAAGAUGUUAACAACUAUGUUGGCACUUACAUGAAAAUACAUUCUAAUUCAAUCAUGGUCUGCAUUAGCUAUGCAUUGAAAGACUCAUGAAAAUGUCUAUUCAUUCUCUGUUCAUUUAAGUUAAAACCCACGUAAUUUAAAAUCAAAAAUAAACUUUUGUACCUGCUUCAAAAAAUACAUGCAUGCUGUUAAAUUAUUCACCAAUUAUGACGCUAUGACUGCCCGGGGAAUUGGGAAGCUUGGGUUUGUUAUUGACUGACGCAUGAAAAUAUAGAACCAGACUACGUAGAUUAUCUUUGCCUACUUGCAAAUUCAACACUUGUUAACACUUUUCUAUUCUGUUUAUUAGUUCUUCUAUAGUCUGUGAAAAUUUUCAUAAGAAUGUUUGUAUCACAUUACAUGUAAGCUUACUUUAUACAGAUGUCCUUUCUCAAUUCCAUUAUUUUCUUUUAGUAAUUCCCAGUACCAGUGACCAAACUCCUAUUUUCCAGUACAAAACAAGGAAAUUCUACUCCUUCAGACCCCCAAAGUCCUUACAUGAUUUUACAUUAUCAUCUUCAACGUCAUGGUCUCGUUGCUUGUUUAGUAUUGAAAGGUUAUGCCAAAUAAAUACACAUGUUUAGUUAUAAUUUACUUUAAACGGUUAAUGCUGGUUUCAUUGCUCACUGAAAUGUUAGUUACUGAGUACUUGAGACAGUCAUUCGAACUCGUCAUAAACAAGUUGGAAUUAAGCUUAAAAAGUUAGAGAAAAGGCGAGCCAGGACAACUUACCUUGCCUUACUAUCUGCUCUUUUCAGCGAGAUCUUGAGUAUCGAAGAGCCUUAGUAAUAAGUGUAAUACAGUCUUGGUCUGUGUUGUGAACAUUCCAGUGUUAAUGCUUGCGCUUCACACGAUGUUUCUGUCUCCAUUUCUGACUGAGUAUCUCGUCCCGAAAGGGUUGCUGCACACUUGAGAAGUGAUCGAUUACUAAAGGCUGAUAGUGCCAUUAUAAAUUGUAACAACCUUAAGAUGUCCUGUGAUGCUAUCAAGAAGAAUAAUAUAUGAACGAUCUCCAACCUUUCAAAGAAGCAAGUUUGAAACCGUUGGACACUUUCAAAAUGGACGCCAAAUCAACGAACCUGAUUGAGCAUGUGCAAAGGAACAAGCCCGCUGACCAGGUGUCCCUUCACUCUAUCUUUUCCAGGCCCCUUUCUUUUAACAAAUUGUCCGUUCCCAAACCUGAAGUCCGCGGACUUAAAAUAAGGAAGCGAUAAAGGAGGUUCAACAAUGAAGCCAGUACUCCGUUGAAUGUAAAAUGGUCACAGUAAUUUGUGAAUGCGUUCUUUCUCUUUAAGUAAUGCGUUCUUUCUUUAAGUAAAACUCGCCGUUUUUGCGAGGCGAUAUUUUUUCUUUAUUUUCCAAUUAUUUCAAUUUGAUCAAAUUACAGUUGAAACUCUCUACAACGGCCACCUUAGGGACAUCGAAGAAAGUGGCCAUAGCAGAGAGGUUGAAAGAAGAGUAAAUGUAUGUCAUGUAUGGACCGUCCGCCAAAAAAAAAAACAAAACAAAAAUGGCCCGUGUAGAGAGGUGACCGUUAAGGAAGAAACAUCUUAUACUGACUGAAAUCAAUGAGGGAAUACUACUGAGUAUUGAAGGCUAUUGUGUUUGCCGCGACAGAUAUGCCGUUUUUCGAAAAUUGCCGCACAGUCGUAAGCUAUAUCUUUGCAUGAACUCUGCCAGCAGAAUUUUCUUUUCAGCGUCAUUUUUAAGCGUGUACGAAGUCGUUCGCACCACCAAAAAAAAUUUGCGUGGUUGGCUCGUUUACAUCGCACACCAACAUCGAACACCAAAUGAGUGAUCAAAAAAACUAUGCGAACUAGUAUCAGGACACAAACGACUUACUAAAAACAGUGCCGGGAAUAAAUUGCUGUUAGGAAGCUAGCAUUAUAUGACAACCUUACUAAACCUUUACUUGUAGCGUAAAUGAGCGUAAAGCUGUUACAACAACUUUAUGCUAGCUUUACGAAACCUUUAAGAGCCGAGCGCGUAAAUUUACCUUUACAAACCUUUACGCGCCGUGGAAAGUUUGCGUAAAGUUGGAUGACCAACUUUACGCAGGUUUACGCAAACUUUAAUUUUGCGUAAAUCUCCAUUUUCAUGCUGUGCUCAGAAGAAAGUUGGUUGUCUCACUUCCAGUCACUACACUCAAACCACAGGUAGCGCAAGCUCGAAAUAUUAGCUUUUGCGAGCAUCGGCAUUGUUGCCUAGCAUUCGAAAUAUAGGGAUUUGUAUGGGGGAAAAAUCUCUGACAAAAAAAAAAACAUUUGACAAUGGCAGGCGAAGAAUAUUCCACAAAUGGCAUUACGUAAACAGCUAGCUAAACAAAAAUUCAAGUCAGUGGACGAUUAAAAACAAACUUUAAGAUGAAAACAGAAAAACACCUAUUUGGAAAAUGAAGACAAACAUUAACUCAUGUAAUUUUAAAAAAAGAAACUUAAAAUGAAAUACAAAUCUUGAAAAUAACUUUCAAAAUACUUCACAACAGUAUUACCCUUUACUACAAUUACAUUCAUUAGGUCAUUUGAAUGUUUAACGGUGACUUGCAGUUUCCUACGUCUUGAUCAGAAGUUAAAGUUUUCCGGUUGAAAUGUUAGUAUUACCCUGGUCGCUGAGGUUUUUCUUGAAAUGUGUCUCUUUCUCACGUGGAAUAAAAUUUCGGAGAGCAGUAAACGUUUGUAUUUAGAUGAUUACGCAUACUGACUUUAUUUUACGGACACGUUUGCCUUAAAACAUUUCGGCCAACACGCCAAAUUCUAAUUUAUUAUUCUUUUUUCUUUCAGCGUCAAUAGGGUCUGCUAGUACCAACUGUGAAGUUUUCAACAUGCCAGCCAAUCCUUCUUGUGGAAUUCCAGUUGUAGACUUUAGCGCAAUGAGUCUAGACGUCAAGGAUCCAGAUCUAAGCAGCCAAGCUGUUAAAGACCUUGCUAAUCAAGUGUACCAAGCUUUCAGCACAACUGGAGUCGUUUAUUUUACAAACUAUGGAAUCCCACAAGAAACGGCAAGUCUAUCCUAUUCUAAUCAAUGA